UCGGAUUCGUGGCUAGCAUGGACGUACUACAAGCAGGGACGCUGGACCUAUUUCGGGCUUACUCUAGCCUUUUUGUGCGUGCCUUCACUGGUGAUGAACUUUUGCAGCUUUUGUUGGUUUUUUGCGGAUUAUAAGGCGUACAAGAAACAGGACUGGGGACAUAGUUGGUGCUUUUGGUUCAGUAUUCAUGUAGUGUGUUGCAUUUUCCAAAUGGGCCCAGUUCUUAGGUAUGGGACAGUGAUAUACUACGGGUUUCUCAGCCAGAGGAAGAUGACAGACAAAGAACGGCGUCUGUUCUAUCACCUGAUGCUGGAAGAAGACAAGGACUCAUGCAUGUUGCGGCUGUUUGAGUGUUCCCUUGAGGCUGGUCCUCAACUUAUCCUCCAGCUCUACAUCCUCGUCCAACAGGAAGAGCAGGAUGUGGCCAGGGACACAUUUCAGUUGUUCAUUCAGAUUGCAUCGGUAUUGACCUCCUGGGUUGGUGUGUCCUGGUCUCACGUCGCGUACCACCGCUCUCUCCGGUUAUCACGGUCAGACAAAAAGGGCAUGACCAUCAUAGGCACCAUUUUCUACUUCUGCUGGCGCCUCUUUGAAGUGCUGAGCAGGGUGUUGGCCCUGUGUAUGUUCGCAAUCCAGUUCAGCUACUGGGUGUUUGUAGCCACCUCCGUACACUGGCUUUUAAUGACGGGCUGGUUUGCCUGCCAAAGGGUAGGACAAGAGAAUAUGUUCCACAACGGCUGCCUGGACUUUGGUUUCAACAUGGUGUGCGGGGCCGUCAGUAUUUUCUGCUUUUUCAAUGUGAAGGAUGGACACACUAGGUUUCGUUGCCUGGCCUACUAUGUUAUAGUUUACAUGGAAAAUGCAGCGUUUAUCUUUCUUUGGUUUUUCUUGACAAAAGACCUGGGAGAGUGGUUUCACUUCCCGGCUCUGUUUGCUGUACUCCUGGGCUUUUUUGUCGGGAUUGCCUUUCAGAUGACAUACUACAUUUUGUUCCACCCUGGAGGGGAUAUAAAACUUUGUCUCCCUCGGCAGGAAGUGGAAGCCUCUCUCUUCUUCAAACAGCCAUCUCGGGACAACCUCCAGAUGGAGCCGAUCGGCAGCUGCUGCAAACCGGAAAACUACCUGGUGUCCGAUAAGGUUGGCACUCCCCCUCAUACCCAUACCCACACAUAGUGUGAAGUGGACUACUGCUGUGUGGAGCGGACUGUUGCUGUUAGAACCAAACCUCUGCUGUGUGAAGCGAAUUAGUGGAUUGUGAAACGGACUACUGCUGUGUGAAGCAGACUAUUGCAGUGUGAAGCAGACUGUUAGUGUUUGAGACAGGCUACUGCUGUGUGAAGAAGACUGCUGCUGUGUGAAUCAGGCUACUAACCACACGUGACCCAGUCUGGCUUGAUGAAAAGUGCAAAGCCCUGACCAGUAAGACUAUACUAAUGAAUCCAGCUCCUGUUGCCUUAGGGCUGGCUUCGACUUUUCCCCUCAAGGAGGAUUUUAGGUGAACAGGUUUUCCUAUCCAUUGAUAUGACCAGCAUCAGCAUACAGCAUACAUCGUAAAUGUAAAUGUAAAUGAAAUAACUAAAUCAAAUUCUGCCUUACAUAGGUGGGUCAACCUUUACUUACAGUGGGUAAAUUGAGGCUAUCAUAUUAAUUGGGCCACCUUUGUCUCACAUUAGGUGGACAAACCCAGUCUCAUAGGUGCACCAUCCCAGUUUCACAGCUGGACCACCCCAUUCUCACAUUAGUUGACCGUGGCUCACGUGACGUGGGCUAACCCUAAACCAAUUAGGUGGGCUGACCCUGAGCCACAUCAGGUGUGCAGACCCUGGGCCACAUUAAGUGGGCUAACCCUGGCUCACAUUAGGUUGGCUGACCUUGGUUCACAUUAGGUGGGCAGACCCUGUGCCACAUUACAUGUAAGUGGUCUGACCCGGGCUCACAUUAGAUGGGCUAACCCUGGCUCACAGUAGGUGGACCACUCCCGCCUUACAUGAGGUGGGCCAACCUUGGGCCACAUUAGGUGGUCCACCCCAGUCUCGCAUUAGGUGGGCCCACUGUGCCUAACAUCUAGCAUAACAAUACUUAUGCCGUGACAUCUUUGCUACUAUGGAGUACAUGUAUGAAUGCUGGGUCCUGACCAGUUGGCAUAGUAAACUACAGUUCUGUGUCAGAAUAUAUGUACACAGGUAUUUACUUGGUAAGUGACUCAGGUUCAGUGUUUCCGGGAAACACAGUGUGCAUGUUUUGUUUUAUUUUUGUUUUUUUCUUUUUUGCUAAUUUUACCUGAAUGGAUAAGCUGACAGUUUGCAGAUUGUUAAUUUUGUUUUUUAAUUUUGUAGUACAAUGUAUAUAUAUUUCAUUUGUUCAUUUCAGUAUUCUUAGAUUUUUUGGGUGAAUUUUUUGGUAGUUUUGCCUUUUUUUAGAACCUGUGCUUUUGUACCCAGUGCAUUAUCCUUGAAACCUCUUGAUUAACUGAAAAGAUCUACACUUACUGAACAACAAUUGUACAUACCGCAAUUCCUCAACCUGUCAGUGCAAGUUAUGUACGUUUAUAAUUGGACUUUAAAGACAAAACUACAUUGCUUGGACUGGCGGAUUUUAUCAACCUACAUGGGGCCUCUGCGGCUCAGUUGGUUAGCGUGCUAGCACAGCGUAAGGACCCAGAAGCCUCUCACCAAUGCGAUCGUUGUGAGUUCAAGUCCAACUCAUGCUGGCUUUCUCUCCGGCUGUAAGUGGGAAGGAAUGACAGCAACCUGCAGAUGGCUGUGGGUUUUCCCCAGGCUCUGCCCAGUUUCCUCCCACCAUGAUGCUGACUGCUGUUGUAUAAGUGAAAUAUUCUCGAGUAUGGCAUAAAACAUAAAUAUCAACCUUCACAGAAUAAUGCCAUCAAAAUACAUCGUAAUCAAUAUGCUUGAACAAACAUCUUGCAAACAUGUGAAAAGGUUGAAGAAUUACAGUCCACAUACCAAGUCUAUUUUGGUAAAUGUACAUGUAUCACAUUGGGAUAUUCUGCAAUUAUACAUACUGUAUUCAGAUGUAUAAUGCUGUUUUAUUUGUACAUGUUGUGCACAUCUUUGAAAAUGUUAUCAAUUUAUGUGUACAUGUAUAUGUUUAGUUUUAAUGAUUGUGUAUGAAUUUGUAGCUGUGUUGAGACCCUUUGGCAUUAUAUAUCAUUAGGUUUUAUCUUUGCUCUAACAGGUUUGUGGUAAAGUUUGGGAAUUGUGGAAGUGCCAAGUUUUGAAUUGAAAACACAAGGCCUGGGACUGCACUGAAUAUUUUCAGUUAAGUCAUUCUGUCAAAGACAGGUUCUGCUAAAUGGACAUUAAGGAAUUGUUUGCCAUAGCUAACCAAAACAUUUUCAUUAGUAUCAUGCAAUGUUACCAGAGUUAAACAUGCCAUGUGACACGCACAAAAUUUAUUUUCAGGAAAGUGCAUUUGAGCAGCAUGAAAUGUGGAAGUGCUCAUUAAGUGUUACAUUUACCUCGGUCACUUAAACAUACCCCAAACGUACCCUAUAAAUUGUUCUGUUUAACAGUUGCUCAAUUCUUCGAGAUAUGUCUAAAUUUUCACACAUUCUCAUAGUACUAAAAUUAGUACUUGGUAAAAGUGUACUUUCUUUUUAUGCAGUGACAUUAAUUUAUGCCAACUGAGACUAUCUAGUUUUAUCUCUAAAAUUCUGUUGUUCUAAUUUUUUUAAAUUUUGCAUUACAUUUAUAGGCUUUCUUAAAUGUGAAAAUGAAAAGAAAUUAGUGUACAUGUAGUUUACAAUCCUGUCAGUGCCUGAACUUUUUCAGCCUGCCAGAGCGAGGCUAUGUAUUACGAGAGGAGAAGCUUUCCUUCUUGUUUUUUAAUUUAAUUUUUUAAAUUUGUUUACCUUGUCGUUCCAUUUAGUAUGAACCUCAUUUUCCAUUAUACGUACAGAUAGUUUGUUGACAACCUUGGUAGCAUUCACAGGCUUGUGCUUAUUUAGCCUUUUGGUCAUAUUAAGUGUUAAGCUUAAGUGCACAGAUACUUAUGGUUCUAUCAGACAGUAAUUCCUGGAUACCCACAGGAACAUAAAACCAUGAGCCAUUGGGAGUUUUCAGGCUGCUGGCAGCAGCAGGACGCAUUUAUCAUUUAUUAUUGCAUGUUUCGUGUAGCAUGGAACAGAUCUGUGUCAUUCUUCCCAGCUUAGCUUUCCAGAAUACGGUUAAUGUGGAAGCAAAGCUGAACACAUGGCCAACCGAACUCAGAGCUAAAUGUGGACAUCACUUUUAUACCAGUUCUGUACCUGACUGCAAGUGUCAUUUAUUAUUGCAUGUUUCGUGUAGCAUGGAACAGAUCUGUGUCAUUCUUCCCAGCUUAGCUUUCCAGAAUACGGUUAAUGUGGAAGCAAAGCUGAACACAUGGCCAACCGAACUCAGAGCUAAAUGUGGACAUCACUUUUAUACCAGUUCUGUACCUGACUGCAAGUGUUUUGAUCCUCUAGUGCUAUUACCAUGAAAUGUCAGGGACUUUAUAUCUGACUGGAGUGCUUUCCAUCGUUAUCAUCUCAUACAUUUCUUGCAUAUUUAUGUGGAAAUAAUUCAUGUUGAUUAAAAGAAAAGUAAUUUAGUCGUGUGUGCAAUAAAAUGAAUAAAUAUAUAUGGUAUAUAAUAUUUUGAUACAUUCUGAACAAAAGCCUAUUAAUUUUUUUUUUAUUUUUUAUAUUUUAUAAAAGCUUAUAAUUCAUAAUUUCAGCUUUUUCAAGUAGCAAACAACACUAUAUGUGGCUACAUUUUUCUGUUUAUGUAAUAAAGCAUGUUCGCAAUAGCAUUAUUGUCUCCAAUUUCUGACGAUUAUGUUUGCAAUAUACUGAAUGAGUUGUCACCAGUCUCAAUUCAGAUACAUGUAUGUUUCUUCUUUGUAUGAAAGAGAUCUCUGCUAAGCUUUAUGUGUUAAUUCCUAGCAUACCAAAGCCAACAUCCACUUAAGUCAAAAAAUGUGUAUCUUUGUUUAGAAAAAAAUGCCUAUAUAUAUAUAUAUAUAUUUUGAUAUGCUCCUACAUCUACCUGUAGACAUAUGUGUCUUCGUUAAAGAUGCGAACAAUAGUGAAAUAUAUCCUCUAGUAAUUUUACCUUGUGUUAUUAUUUUUUCUGUGUGCAAGGUUAAAUGCUGUAAAUAGAUUCUAGACAUUGUGUAACUGUUCUAGUUAGUUUUAAUAGGGACAAUUAACUUGUGAAGAUACAGUAUCAGUAUUGUUGAGAUAUGACAGCUGAUCUGUUAAAACAGGUAGUUUAGUGGCACUUUUGUGAACUAUCAUGCGUCGUGUGAAAUGUUUUGAUGUUUUGCAUACAUUUAUGGCAUGGUGACGACAGUUAUUGUGUUAUUAAUAUUAGUAUUGUGUUUAUCUCUAAUCUGUAGGGUUCAGCUGUUUUCUUGUGGUUAUACGUUUAGUUGCUGUCAUAUUUGUAAUCCUUCUAAUAAUUUAAGACUAUUAAUGUAGAACAAUUAUUAUAUUAAAUGAAUCAUGCAUUGUUUCUUUUUGGAUGUUGAAACUGUGAGAGAGAGGAAACUUUGACAUUUAAUUUUUUCAGAGUACAAUCUGGAUGAGUAUAUGGUACAUUGUUUAUGUGUUCGGAAACUGGCUGCAAAUUACCUGUGUAUGCGUUAAUUGUCACUCUUUGGGGCUGAAUAUUGAGUUUGAGAUGCAGUGUUACUCCAUGGAGUGGAAUAUUGACUUUGAGAUACACUAUUACUCGAUGCAGGUGUCUAAAUAUCGAGUAUGAGAUGCACUGUUACUCUAUGGAGCUCUGUGAAUAUUGAGUAUAAGAUGCACUGUUACUCUAUGGAGCUCUGUGAAUAUUGAGUAUGAGAUGCACCCUUACUCUCUGGAGCCAUAUGAAUAUUGAGUAUGAGAUGUAGUGUUACUCUAUAGAGCUUUUUAAAUAUUGAGUAUGAGAUGCACUUUUACUCUAUGGAGCUCUGUGAACAUUAUGAAAUCAACUGUUAUUCUGUGGAACUCUGUGAAUAUUGAGUAUGAGAUGGACUGUUAAUCUGUGGAGCUCUGUGAAUAUUGAGUAUGAGAUGCACCGUUGCUCUAUGGAGCUCUGUGACUAUGAGAUGUAUGAAAUGCACUGUUACUCUGUGGUGAGAAGUAAUAUGUCUGG